AUGAAAGAUGCUAAGGCGCUGGGGAUAAUACAAGGUGUAGUGUCAUAUGCUAUUUUUCUGAGAAUAUCAAAUGAAGAGACAUCCAAACUUGCUUGGGAAAUCCUUCAAAGAGAAUACAGAGGUGACAAUAAGGAAACUAAGGACACUGAUACAUUUGAUGCACAAGAGGUUACAGCCUCAUUGAGAGUUUUUGAGCAAAAGCUAGAGAGACAUGAUGAUGCAGCCAUAAAGAGGGCUUUUCAGUCACUUAGUAUCAAUCCUAGAGAGGGCAGUUCAACUGGGCAAUACAACAGUUUCAAGCAACAAAAGAAGCCAUGGAAAGGGAAAUCUAAGAAAUGGGAAGGAAGGUCAAGUGAGUCUACCAGAAACAAUGGUGCUGGUGGGACAAAACCACAGUGUACAAUCUGUGAUAAGGCCCAUUUUGGUGUCUCUUGGUUCAAGGGGAAACCUAAAAGCAAUAAAUGUAACAAGUUUGGUCACUUGUCCAAAGAUUGUGGUUCUAAAAGAAACCAACUAGUGAACUAUGCACAAAAGACUAAAGAGGAGACAAAUGUGUUAUAUGCUUGCAAUGUCACAAUUGUUGAGAAAAACAAAGAUAUAUGGAAUAUUGACAGUGGGUGCAAUAAUCAUAUGACUGCACAUGAGUCCCUACUUAUCAAUAUUGACAGAGAAUUCACUGGGAAGGUUAAGAUGGGCAAUGGUCAACUUGUAAGUGCCACUAGUAGAGGCACCUUAGUGAUUGACACAAAACAAGGAAGGAGAUAA